AUGACAACUUUAAAAAACAUUGAUAUAUCCUCAACAACCAAUCAAAUACAAGCCCCAACAAAUUAUUUUUCUAUGCAAACAUUAGAUUCAUCAAUUCAAAGUCUAAUAAAAUCAUGGAAAAGAAGACAAAGGUGGUUGUUUCUUGUUACAACCUCAACCCAACAAGAAUAUUUGUUCAAUAGAGCAACAUGGCGAACACAAUUGGUCAAUUUUCUAGAAUCAACAAUAAUUCGCGCGAUUUCAAUAUCAUUACUCGUUACAGAUCUCAUAAUCACAAUUCUCGAGCUAUCUUCUUCUCUAAUUUCAUGUAAGCAAAAAGUGAACAUAAUAGAGGAACUAUGUUUCCAUUGGAUUGGAAUUGGUAUUUUGAGUAUUAUUUCGAUGAAGAUAAUCGGUUUGUUGGUAGGGUUAGGGUUUUCAUUUUUCAAGCAUCCGGGAUAUGUUGUGGAUGGUGUUGUGGCGAUCGGGGCAUUGAUUAUGGAAGUUUUUAUGGAGAGGAGAGGUGGUGGUUUGUUGGUUGUGGUUAGUUUAUGGCGUGUGAUUAGAGUUGUGGAGAGUGUGUUUGAGUUAAGUGAUGAAGCCAUUGAAGCUCAAAUUGAAGGGAUAGUUUGUCAAUUUGAGUUACUUAAAAAUGAGAAUAUUAGGCUCUUGGAGAUUAUACAUGAAAAGGAUGAGAUAAUUGAAAAGCUUAAGGAAGAAUUAUUAAAAUAUUAG